CUUGGCGGAAAUGACGUCAUUGUCAAGGGAAUUAUGUAAACAAAAGGAAAGGAAAGGUCCUACAUCAAAAUGAUUAUCUACGUGGAAAGCAAAGCGUUUCCAUGUAAGACGUUUCUGGCUGUAGUCAAGCCAUCAGACAAGAUUGCCCGAAUCCGAGCACAUCUGUUACAUAUACUAUAUGACAUAGGCCGUGAGGACCUCCAGUUUAAACUACGCUACAAGGGCCAGUACCUGCGAGACGCCUUCUUCAUUGAAGACUAUGAAAUUCCAGAGAAUGCUGUCAUCAAAAUGCUGCCUGUCGCGAAAAGGAAUGAUACGAUGCUGGACAUCCGGUCCAUUGCCAGUACCAUGACGAUCAGUGUGGAUGCUAUAUCAACAUCGGGACAACAGGAUGUCAAGGUGGAGCUGUUUAAGGAAAUCAAAGAGUUCAUUAGACGAGAGAAGAUGAUCAUGGCCUUUGAUGCCAUGAUCUAUAUGAUGUUCCUGGCGACAUGUUUGACAUUGUUGACACACUACUGGUACGCCUUUUUCUGGACUGCAGUCUUCUUUGCUUUGACUGUGUUCUUCCGUCCAUACUACAACAGAUGUGGGGGCUUUACUGGAAACUACACCCAGUGGCGUUUCCUGUUCUGUAUAUUCUAUGUGGUGGGGGCUGUCGGUAUACUCGGAGCUUCCCUCUACUACACUUCUAUAUCCUGGAUGUCAGUGGCGGCCCACGGCUGUAAAGACUGGGUGUUUGUGGAUGACUGUUCACACAAGAGUGUGUUCACCGCCGUAUUUUAUUCUGUCCAUUCCGUCAUCCUUCUAGCCUCGGCCAUCCUUAUUGCUCUGCUCUUCUUUAACUUCAGACUUGAGAAAGGAGAUUACAUAGAAAAAUUUCUGGUACAGGAGAGAGACAUCGAACUUGUGAUGAAGUCUGCCCGCAGUUCUAAAAUAAAGGAGAAGAGGACGGCUGCCCAUGAACUGGCUUGUAUGGCAGCAUCUGGGGAUGACAACAAGUUUCGUAUAGUAGCCGAGGGAGGUUUGGAUGUGCUGAUGGCUAUGGCCCACUGUGACGAUGAUGCAACUCAGGAGCAUGCUGUAGAGGCCAUUGCAGAACUCCUUACUAUACAGUCCAUACAGGAUAACUUUGUGGACAUGAAUGGUGUUCAGACACUGACAUCAUUACUCCAUUCGGAGAAUUCUCGUAUCAUGCAGGAGGCUGCUGUCAGUCUGUACACCAUUGUCUCUGAAUCAGAGGAAAACAAGAGUGCUGUCGUUGCAGAUCAUGGAUUGGACGACCUUGCCCAUGCUGCCUACCAGGGCACUAUCUAUUGCCAGAGGACGGUGGCCAGUAUCUACUUGGAGCUUGCCUUCAAUUCUGAGAUCCGAGCACAAAUGGCAGCUAGGAAUAUACCAGCCCAGGCCUUGGUACACUUAUGCAGCAGUACCGACCCAGAGACACAGCGUUACUCCCUACAGACUUUCGAACUUCUUGCCAUCGAGAGCUCAGAGAUGAUAUGUGCACAGGAGGAUCUGAUGGAAGUUUUGCUAGACCUCCCCAAUAAAACCCUGGAUGAGAAGUUAUACCUGUUGGCUGGCAAAAUCCUCCUUUAUUAUGCAGAAAACAAGAUGACAUGCGAGAUGCUUGUGAAUCAUCCUGGUAUCAGGGACACACUCGGGAUGUUUGCGCGCUCACGCGACACUAUCCUACAGAAGGUCGUCACCAAGGUCAUCUUCUGCAUGCUGGACACGAAAGAAAUGAAACUGAAAGCAAGGGAUCAACAGCUACAAAGAGUCUUGGAAUAUAUCCGUGACAACUCACUAGACCGUGAAGCCUGGGACAUGGCUGACCAAGGUAUACAAGCCAUGGAAUCUGAUGAGGACAACCUGUCGACUUUGCCAAUGUUGAGUACACUUGAGAAGCUCAACAAGAUGGGCAACAAACAGAGAUUUGGAUCUAAGACAUCCUUGGGAUCCGACGAAAAACCAGGGGCAAGCAACUCCAGCAACUCAGAUUAGAAAUGUGAAAUAUGAAACUGUUGAAGAAUUAAGGUCAAGUUAUCAAAACUAUGAAAAAUGGCCUAUUAAAGUACGAUCAAAACUUUAUUUGAUGUUUCGAAAGAAUAAUUCUGUUAAUGAUAGCAAUCAUUGAAUGUUUGAUUACUCUUAUUACAUUCCAAACAUUAAUAUUUUAAUGGAGAUUUUGAACAAAUCUGUUUCAUGUUAAAAUCAUGAUGUGUUACUGUUAGUGAUCUUUAUUGACAAGUACAUGGACCUUUUCCAUCUCCCACCUGUUUGUGUAUAUUAAACACUUUUAUCAUACAUUUUAAUCUCCACACCUUUGUAAUUGGAAAUCCUGAAUAGAUCAUGUUUAUGAUUUCAUACUUAAUACCCUAAUGUCAUUCCUUUUUAAAUUCAUAUGUUUGUUACGUUUGUUUUUUAUACCUUAACACCCUUUGUUAGGCCGGUGUUCCUCAGCCUUAGAUUCACUGCUAACUGCCAGGUCUGCUGACUGUAAACUAGCAGCCAUAUAUGAAUUUUGAUUGGCGCCUGCAUUAGACAUCUUUUCUUUGGGGAUUAUCUUAACAUAGAUGUGGUCAAGUUGACUAUUGAAUGCCGACUGAAAACUGACAAUAGUCGGCGAGGAGAAACUUAAGGCUUAGAAAGGCUUAGGGGGGCUGCGAUAACCGAGUUGGUUAGAGUGCCGGCCACUUAACCUCAGGUGAAGAUUUUAGGUGUGUGGUUCGAUGCUCCCUACGUGGCCUCUCGUGUUGUUCAGUGAGGUAGUCCCCAACUACUGCAAGGCCCAACCUCUGGCUGUUCAUGGGGUGAUACUCCCAGCAAACAAAAACAACAAAACAAAUUACCAGUUUAUUCCUUACAUAUACAUAUAUGUGAAGGGUUGUUAGUGGUUUAACCUGUCCUGAUGGGCAUUGUACAGUGUAUAUAUCUCUGAUUCUGUUCACAUGUGUAUUUUACUCACAUUUCUCAUACCGUCCACAUGUGUAUUUUACUCACAUUUCUCAUACUGUUCAAAUGUGUAUUUUACACACAUUUCUCAUACCGUCCACAUGUGUAUUUUACACAUAUGUCUCAUUCCGUCCACAUUGUGAUAUUUUGUGUGCUUCUACUGUGAAAUUGAAAACCUCUUUGAAAGACCUGUUGUAAUGUUGGAUUGUCACUUGAGAUUUGACCUAUUGCAACCUUCAGUCAUGAGGAAAGGGUCAUAAGGUGAACUAAAAUAUCCUAGGCUUUAUAUUCCCCCUGGGGAAGGAAUGAAUUUUACUACUCUGGUGAAUAUGAAGUCAAGGUCUACUCGUAAAAUAUGCUAAUUAUUUGAUAACUCCUGGUUUGAACCCCAGCACUGGCAGGAUAUUUUUUAAUCACCUUUCCAAUUAUACAACACUUAUCAACAAAGCAGGCUUUUGUUGGUAUAAGUUGGAGAAAGAUUCUCUAUCAGAUUAUUUAUUUAUUUUUCUGACAGAAAAUUAGAAACAAAUCAUUAAAUUACUUGAUUCAUCGUACAUUGUUCUUACUUACAUAAGUUACCAAGAGACAAAUUGUACACAUGGAAGACAUUUUAAGAGAGAUCAUUAUUUGUUAUUUCUCAAACAUUAUAUAUUUACUAUCAGAACUGAACACUUUCUUUUCUGGUUUGACUGGAAUUGUGUUGUAAGUUGGAGCUAGUAGUGAUUUUUCCUUUUUAAUAUAUACAAGUAGCCACUAUUAAUAUAUAUAUAUAUAUGUACAUGUAAAACUACUAAAUAUAUUUUUAUGACCGUUUGUGAUCUGGAUCGCAAAUUAUGCAAAUUUAUACUGUUAAUACAUUUUAUUGUAGAGGCUGGAUUUCCUCACCAAUUAAAGAUUCUAUUGAAAGAG